AUGGAGUUGGUCCCCGGGAUGAGCCUCGAAAAAUUCGUUGACAACCAAUUUCACUCCACCCUCACCGAGAUGCAGUGCAUGGAUAUCUGGCUCGGCGCCGCCCAGGGAUUGCUAUGGGUACACCAAAAUGGCUUUCUCUACAACGAUCUCAAGCCCGACAACACAAUGUACGAUCCCAGUUCUCGUCGCACCGUUUUGAUCGACUUUGGUCUUGCCUCUUCGGAAACCUGUACAUAUUUCGUUAGUGGGGGAACUGCGUGCUAUAUUAGCCCAGAGUAUUUGCAUCGGGAGAGACACCAGGCUGGCGACAUCUGGUCACUGGCUGUAAUGAUAAUGUUUACUCUUAGAGUGAUCGAACUCCCAAGAGAGACCUGGGACUUAACCAAGGUAUUCGAGGAAGCCUCUCCUCACAGGCAGAAGAUGGGCGCCUGGCAUGACGAACUUCUGGCCAAGGCCGACAAGGCGCCUUCUCGUCAUUUGGAGCUUCUCCGACGUAUGCUUUGCAAGAACAGAAGAGACCGAAUAUGGGCGUAUGAGCUUGUGACCGAUCUUCUGGGAGUACACCAGGCUUAUAGGUCGAUGGAAUCAAUCGUGUAUGGGGAUAAAUCGGCACUUUGUCCCCACGACGGACAUCUCCAAACCGCAGCAGAAAAAGAAGAAGCACACUGGAAUCACCCAUCGAGGCUUGACAUUGACAGUCAAAGCGGUAUUGGACCAUGGUAUGACACUGACAAAGCGCGCUGCGAUCGUGAUUAG